AUGUUUUCUUCGGAUACAACAACGUCGAACGGGGAACCCGUGAGCAUUUCCAUCAAGACUGAAAGUACAUGGGUGCCUCCCAUGAUGCAAACUGGAGAACCACAAUCUGACCAACUAGCGUUUGCCAUGAACAUCAUCGAUCAAACACAGCCUGGGCUAAGUGUAUCCACGACUACAGAGGUCACAGACAACACAUCGCAAGACAGUGGGAUACCAAGCACCUCCACCACUACCACUGCCACAUCGGAAGACUCAUCCUAUCAGACUGGCGCUUCUCUACUUAACUCAAACGUGAAAUCUGAGCAUGUUAGCCGAAGAAGCUUUGAGAACUUCCACUUAGACCCUAACGAUUUCCAAAAUCUCCUCAUGACCAACCCUCCCAUUUUGGAAUACCCAUAUCCAUACCCUCCAAAUCAACAAGUUCCUGCAGACAACUGGUCGCCUUCGCUUUCUUUACCGCAGGCCGGUGUUUUGCCCCACGAAGUGGCUCCACCAUACGCUUCCAACUAUGUCCCUGCCAAUGUGAUGACCGACCCAGAAUCGCAGAGCUCGACGCCUGUGUCCGCUUCCCACCAUAUUCCACUUCGCAGAAGAGUCUCUAUUUCUAACGGCCAAAUAGGACAAAUCAGUAUGAUGUGCCACAAGAACGAUCCCAAGAAAGUCAAAACAGAGGAAGAGAACGACCUACAUGUCAACGAACAGGGGGUGCCGCAGCAGCAGUUAUUUUACAACAAUGAGGUUAUCUUUAAUCCAAACGCAGGACCAAUACACGGGACGUCGGCGUGGAAAAAACAACGGAUAUUGGAAAGAAAUAGGAUUGCUGCCUUCAAAUGUCGGCAGAAGAAGAAAGUUCAACAAGAGAAGUUGCAACAGGACAAUGAUAUACUAGCUCAAAAAAACGCUGAACUUCUUGAGAAAAAUAGACAACUAGAGAAUCUGCUGCUGAGGCUCAAAGAGGAGGUGAGCAAGUGUGCGGUCACAGAUACAGUCACAGAACUUCUAGCGCAGAUUAAUCUCCAGGAUGGCCAACCCUAA